GAAGUUGCAGUGGCGUCACUUGAGUCAGGCCAUAAUUGCGUGACGUUUCAGCCUUCAAACACCCAACCCACACACAAUAGCACCCAAUUAGCCAAAUUGUUACUAAUUCCGCGGGGAUACUUAAUUAAUGGCUGUUUAAUAAAACCAUAAACGACAGUACGAUGCAAUAAUAAUACAUGAAAUAAGAAAGAAAAGAAGAAAGCAAAGAUACAAAGCCACACACAACUAUGUAUGUACUUAAUAAAAAAAGCAAAAGUACAGAAAGCUUGAUCAAUUUGUGAUAUGAAGGUGUGAGAUCAACCAACGUAACAAAUCAACACAGAAUAAAAUUUGUUAGAAAAUUUCAACAAUCCAAUAACCGGUCGAUUAACAACAACAGCAACAAGGCGUUUAAGCAGCGAAAUUUUUGAAAUUUUAACGGCCAGUCAGUCGCAAGCAACAACCCUCCGAGUAAGCGCAGGUAUUCGCACAGCGCUUGAGCGCCAGCAAACAAACAACCGAGAGACGCAAGCAAGCCAGCAAUUGUGAGUCAGUAAGUCGACCAAGUGAGCGAGCACAACGACCAGCCGGAAAGGACGCUAACAAGGAGGAAGGAAGGAAGGAAGGCAACUGCAGCAGCGGCAGCGCACAAUUCAACUUCGCUAUGGGAAAUUCAUCGUCACACACACACGAACCACUGGAGCGCGGCUUCACACGCGGAAAAUUUGGUGAUGUUAAAAAUGGGAAAUCGGCAUCAUUUCGCUUUAGCAAGAAAUCACCAAAGAAAAUGGAUCGCUUGCGUCGAUCCUUUCGCGAUUCGUUUCGUCGUCGGAAGGAUCGUGUGCCCGAAUCAUCGAAACCGCAUCAAUGGCAGGCCGACGAGGAGGCAGUACGUUCGGCGACCUGUUCGUUUGCGGUGAAAUAUUUGGGUUGCGUUGAGGUAUUCGAGUCGCGCGGUAUGCAAGUUUGCGAGGAGGCCCUAAAAGUAUUGCGGAAUUCGCGCCGUCGACCCAUACGCGGCGUGCUGCACGUUAGCGGCGAUGGACUGCGCGUCGUGGACGAUGAGACAAAGGGCCUCAUUGUCGAUCAGACCAUCGAGAAAGUGAGCUUCUGCGCCCCAGAUCGUAACCACGAGCGCGGUUUCAGCUACAUUUGUCGCGAUGGCACUACGCGUCGUUGGAUGUGUCAUGGUUUCCUGGCGUGCAAAGAGCUCGGCGAACGUCUCUCACAUGCCGUGGGUUGUGCUUUUGCCGUCUGUUUGGAGCGCAAGCAACGUCGCGAUAAGGAAUGUGGUGUCACCAUGACGUUCGAUGUUAAGAAUUCGACAUUUACGCGUACCGGUUCGUUUCGCCAGCAAACUCUGACCGAGCGUUUGGCGCAAGGUGAAACACCCUCGGCUGUUGUGCCGCCACAGCCAAAACCCUAUAAUCCCUUCGCCAUUGAGCGUCCACACGCCACACCUUCAAUGCUGGAGCGACAGGGUUCGUUCCGUGCAUUCAGCACCAUCGGUAGCCAGUCACCUUUCAAGCGACAGAUGUCACUGCGCAUCAACGAUCUUCCGUCCAACACAGAACGACAGAAGGCAUUUUUGGCAGCUGCUAAUGGCGGUUCACUUGCCGCUGCGUUAGCCACACCAAAUCGUAGUGUUUCACCCAUACCCGAGAUCUCACCAGCUAAGAUGGGCGGCGGCAUCGCAGAUUUAGAUAAUGGCAUCGCCACCAUCGACACGGUCAGCCAAUUGUGUCAGGAGCUCAGUCAGGGUUUGUCGUUGCUCAGCCAAACUGAUGCAAUGAUUGCUGCUGGCGAUGAUCUCAAUUUCAAUAACAAUAUGAGCAUUAAUCAGAAUAUCAUUGCCGCGGAAAAGACGCAACAACAACAGAAGGGAAUCUCCACACCAACUGGAUUGUCGGCAACUGCCAGCAAUAACAGCAUCGCAGCUGCCGCCGCCGGCGCCAGUAUUAGAAUGUACGAAUACGCCGAGGGCGCAGUGAGUAGCGGUUCAAUUGUGGGCGCAACCACCACCACACCUACGGCACAAGUAGCGCCACGCGUCUCCUCGGUGUCGCCAAUAUCCACAAAUUCGCCCGUACAUACGCCUACAACACCAACGUUGACUAUGACGCCGCCACCGCCACCGCCACCAACAACUGUACGUCCAGUGGAGGUGGUAGCACCACUGCCCAAUGCUGAUCAGUGGCUAGGCGAAGUGGUGAAGAAGACAUCGCCUGCGGUUAUCAAACGUGCGCCACGCUUGCUCAACUCAACCGGACGCACUCAGUCAAUGAGCGCCGCACCGCCAUUAGGUGUCGACCCCUUCGAUGCCGAAUGGGUAGCCGGUGUAACAAAACCACUCUCACCCGAUCUGCCAGUGGCACCCACAACGCCAGUGGGAGAGAUAGUAGUAACACCCACAUUAAGCAGUACAGCUGCACCACUACACAGUACCAAUCCAUUCAUUUCACCGCCGAAGGUACCGGCGCAAACAUUCCAGGUGCAACUGUAGACGAAGGCGAAAGAGGAAGUGGGAAGUCCUCAUGCUACUUAAUUGAGAGGAGGAGGAGGAGCGCGAGAAAGAGACGGUAUGUGGCAUGUGUGUUGUGUGCGACUUGCGUACGAGCGAAAAAAGCUAAGCAACUCAGUAGCUGCAAAGUUGGAGUGGAGAGCCAGAGGAUGAAAGCACAAUUGGCGCUUUAGCUGCAUUGGUGGGCAGAGUUGACGCACUCACAGCCGCGUCACUUUCGCGAAUCUUCUAUGAAACGAAUGUAGACUAAUUCUGCUGGGCUCUUCUUCGAGCAAAGAGUUGAGUAGCUGCUUGUGAACAUCUCUGUGUUACUUUUAUUUACAUUUCCAACACCUAAAAGUAUGCAAUGUUUGAGCGCUUUUUAUAUUAACUUUUCGGACCAGAAUGCAUGUAACAAGAAGAGAGUAAACUUUGGAAAGGACUUGUAAGGAAACAAUGUAAAAACAGAAAAUGGUGUGACCUUUAGUGAUAGGAAUAGAAGAGCUUAUUUAGCACAAGAUGCGA